UUUUUUAACACACUCCAACCCAGUGGCCUACCAAAUUUUAAAAAAUGUACCAUAAAUAAAGGUGUACCAAAAUUUUGGGUAAACUUUGAUAAAACUACGAUCCGACUACAAUGAGAUUUAUAUAUUUUUAACAUUUUGAUUUUUUAAUUUUCAUUAAAAAAUUUCUUUUUACACUUAAAUAAAUAUUUUAGAGAAGCAUUUCCUCUAGAAUAUCCAAACGAGUGGUAUAUGGAUGUUGUAAAUGGUUGUUAUAUAAGCUUUGGUUUAUAUCAUAAUAAUAUUUUAACUUCCCUUUUGGUUGCUGAAAAUACAACAAUUAGAGAUUGUGAUUUGGAGGAUAAAUCCCUGCAUAGUGACCCAACAGUAAAUGUUAUUUAUAUUUUGAGUUUGGCAGUCACACAAAAUUAUAAAAGGAGAGGAUUAGCAACUAUUUUACUUAAACAUUUAAUGAACAUUAUUAAUUCAAGUAAAAAUUAUUUUUAUUAUUCUUUCUAG